AUGUUGGCGCUUAUUCUAUUGAUAUUUUUAACUGUUGGAGUAUCCACAAUAAACAGUUAUACUUGUACUUGUUGUUUUCAUGGUUCAGCACAUACAUGCCAAACACCUGCAAUUCAUCUUCCUUCAUGUGCUGAUUGUACAGGUUUUUUUUGUGCGAAUCAUGUUAAAGGAUGUCAAGGUUCACCUCCAUGUGAAGUUGAAUGCAACUCGGAUUCUAGUUCAAAAAGCACACCAAGGAAAAGUUCUUCUUCAAUGCAACCAAUCAGUACUACAUCAAACAGUGCACCUCUUGUUCAAGUUCAUUUCAUUAUGAUUUUUGUUGGUUUGACAUUAUCAGCUUUUGUCAAUUGA